AUGGGCCGACAGGAGCUUGUCGAGCACCUCAAAAAUGUGCUCUUGUGGAAGGAGCUUUCGGUGGACGAGUUGCGGGAAGAGUGCAUGCAGCGCAGCCUUUCUUGGCGUGCAGAGGCGGAGCGUCAGGAGCGUCAGGAACUGCAAGAGCGCUUGGCCAUGGCUUGCUGCGCCAAGGCCGCCCUGCCCCUCUUGGGGCCGAGGAUGGUGAGGUACUACAUCCGGGUGUGUUUGUUCUUUCCGCUGCCUGCCUACGGCGCCCUGUUUUGGACCGACAGUAUUCUGCUGAUGCUGCUGGCCUGCAGUGCCCUUCUGGCUGUACCCUUGCACUUCCUGUGGAUGAGGAAGCGGCUGGGGCCCUUCUUAGCCUUCCUGAGCUGCGUCUACGCGGCUCAAAUGGCGCUGUGCCUCUGCAUGGCGCAUUUCCGGCUGGCCUCCCACCACACUGCGGAGGCGGUGAAGCCAGAUGCGCCUAUCCAGACCAUCUCCGUGGUAAUGACGGCACACAACGAGCAGCAGUAUCUGAAGCGCACACUGGAUUCCAUCAUUGAGACCACGCCCGCGGAGGUCUUGGUGGAGAUCAUCCUGAUCGACGACGGAAGCCAGCCGCCCCUGGAAGUGUCUGGCUAUGACCAGGUCCAAUUGCGGCGGCACGAGCGGCGCGGCCUGGUGAAGUCCAAAAUGGAAGGUGGCAACAUGGCGCGCGGCGACAUGAUCAUGUUUCUGGACGCGCACGUGAAACCCACCAAAGGAUGGUACAAACCCAUACUCCGUCAUGUGAACAUCAAUUACAAGCGAGUGGUCGUACCGCUGAUCCCCAUUUUGGAUGGCGAUAGCUGGCAGAUCAACAACCUCGCAGUGGGCGUCAAGAUGAUGUUCGACUGGCAGCUGCGCUUUAAGUGGCUGGACGACGGCAGCGACUUGGUGCCCUGCAUGAGCGGCGGCCUCUUCGGUAUCACGAAGCGCUGGUGGCACGAGUCUGGGGAGUACGAUUACGGCAUGAACAUGUGGGGUGGUGAGAACAUCGAGCAGUCCAUCCGAAUCUGGCUGUGUGGAGGUGAGAUCUUUGUCGCUCGAGACUCCCGCAUCGGCCACGUCUUCCGCAAGGAGUUCCCCUACGAGAUCAACUCCACAGAGAUCAUGAUCAACAAGGUGCGGGCAGUUGAGACCUGGUUCGAUGACUACAAGGCCUACUUCUACCAUGCGGAGCCAAAUGCUGCGCGGUUGCUGCCUGCGAUGGGCAGUAUUGAGGAGCGCCUGGCGUUGAAAGACAGGCUUCAAUGCAAACCUUUCCAUUGGUUCGUGCACAAGUUCCACCAGGACUUUGUUUGCAGACCGUGGACGGGAAUUAUUUGGAAGAGGCGCCAUGCGAGGAGGUGCCUCGGCAGCGUUUCCGCCGGGAGGGCGGAAAUGGCAUCCAGAGCGUGGACUCGCACCUUUGCUUGCAAGCAGAACCCGGCAGGAGCCAGGUGGGCAAUGCUGCCAAGCUUGGCGCCUGCACGAGGAGGGCGACUUCGGCCUGGAAGCACGCCAACGGGCAGAUCCGCUUUGGCAAUGCAUGCCUGCAGAGCCAAGCGGAAGGACCUUUGCUCCUGA